ACUCUUAAUUUUUUAUAUGACAAUUUGGAAUCGUAGAAUAAUUCACAUCCAAUUGCUUCCUUCCAUUCACCAUGAUGCUAAAUCGUUGAGUUCUUGGUUUCUGAGUUUUCAUUGCGUUAUCCUGAUUUUGUGUUUUUUGGAUUUUUAGAAUCAAAAGCAUAACAGCUAAGCUAUAUAAUUUUUCUUUGACUUCUAAAAUGUAAAAUACUUAAUGGAAAAAGAUACUACUAGUCUAUUUUUCGUUUGAAUUUGACCAUUGUUGUGUUAUUUCCAUUGCAUCUAAUUUAUUUGCUAGAAAGGGAUAGGAUCUAUUUUUUGUCGUUGCUUUCUUAUAUUGAGGAUGGUGUGAAAUCGUUUUGAGUUGUUAGAUUAUUACUUGUUGAAUUUGUGGAUUGUCAGACAUUCUAUUUCAUGGUCCAUUUUUUGGCUAUGAGUAUAAUUUUGGUUUUAUAUGCUUAACUGAUGAAGCAAGUCUUUUCAAAUCAUUUUUUUGUAUUUUCCAUAUAUUUACUUUCAGACAGUACAAGCUGCCUAUGUCACAUAUUAUACCAUUUCCUAAGCGGACAGACCCCUCAAGUAUUCAAGAUUUUCCUCCUGGAAGACACGUUUUAGCAGUUUAUCCAGGAACUACAGCUCUUUAUAAAGCGACUGUAGUCCAAGCUCAUAAGAGGAAGACUGAUGACUAUGUUUUGGAAUUUGACGAUGAUCAUGAGGAGGAUGGGUCCUUGCCUCAAAGGUUAGUUCCCUUUCACAGGGUUGUUGCUCUUCCCGACGGGCACCGACAAUGAAGUGUGUCAGUUAUGUUGUUAAUAGCUUGUACAUAUAUCUAGUGUUUCACAACCUGUAUCAAACGUAUUGAAUUCAAAUCACGAUCACUAAAUCUUUAGUUUGAUUCUAUUGCAAAAUAUAGUAUGAUUUUAAUUUGUUGACAGUGGUACAAGUUUAUUGUUUUUUGUACCCAUCGACUUGCACUCAUGUACACUGACUGGAAUAAAUUGUUGUGUGAAAGUUUCUUCGAGGAGCGAA